AAACUCAAAAAUAUGAAGUUUGUGAUUAUGAAAAUGAAAGUUAUGAGAGUUUUUUAGAUUGAAAUGUAGAGGAGAUGAGAGGAAAUGAAGUUUUUUGGGUUAGAAUGAGAAAAAAAGUGGUUGUAAAUUGAAUUCUUGAGCUUUAGAGCUCAGAAAUUGUGGUUCAUGGUGGUUGGAAAAAUUGAUGAUGAUGACAUUUUUGUAAAUAAGAAGAAAUGGUUAGAGUGUAUUUGGUUUUUUGUUAAUUUCAAAAUUAAUAAAAAAUUAAAUAAAAAUGGCAAUUUUGUGAAUAAUUCAAAAACAUAGGGAUAGUAUGAAAAUUUUAUUGAUAAAUAGUAAUGACAAAAAAAAAAGGUUGACUUUGGGUUUGACUAGAAAUUGUGGGUUGGUUUUGAAAAACAUCCAAUAUUUAAUUAGAUUUCGUGUUUUCAAUGUUUUGUUUUAUGAUAUUUUGUAUCAAUCAAAAUAAUAUUAAACAAGAAGCUUGAGAAUGUGAGUAACUAACAUUAAUGUGUUAAUAAGCCAUUUUUAGUAAAAUUGAUUUUAAUAGUCGUCAAAACUCAGAUUAGAGAAAAAGAAAACUCCAAAAAAGUUGGGAUAACAACAUCAACCGGAAAGUGUGAAGCUUGUGAGCCUAACAUUUGGCGGUGGCGUGAAGACCACCGUUGAAAAUGGUGGCUGGCGGCUUCUGAAUUUUGAAAAACAUCAACUUCAUCACGUACCAAACUCAUCCCACGUGUUACAUCGUACGUAAUACCGUAUCCCCGGAGAUUUAAUUAGCCUACCUAACUAAUUAACUAAAUAAGUCUACAGUAUUUAAUUGAUUCACUAUACGUACUUAGGACUCAACUUGAUUCACUAAAGAUUAUUCUGAUUAUUGCAUACUGAUUAAACUAUUUGUACUCUCGUUGAUGACUAAUCCCUCUCUUUUCAAGUCAAAAUGAUCGUCUUCGUUUCUUAUAGUUUUUAUUUGAUCUUUGACUUUAGCCUCCUUACAAAUUAAGUACAUUUCACAUUUUGGAUAACACUAGAGUGAACUGGAUCCCAAGGCACCUGGGUUCGAGUCUUCUGGGAUUCCGGAGACCGUCCGUGACAAAAAAAAAAAAAAAAAAAAAAAAAGGAUAACAAUUGUUUGGUAAUAUUCAUCUUUUUGCGAAUGAUAACUUCACUUUUUCCUAUUCAGGCUGCUGUCUAAAAUUUCCUCUUUGACUUUUGAGAAUCUAAUUCAUUUUUCUAUGUACAAUUGAAACCUCCAAGAAUAUUUUUUUAUUAGUUUUUUACAUGACUCUUGGAACGUUUGAUCUGUAUUUCUCAAUUCACUUUUUCCAAAUGACAAUAUAAUGAAAUUUCAUGGAAAACAUAUUGUUGAAAAUUAUAACCAAGUUAUACUAAUUUGCUAUGCAUGCAUGUGGUAGAGUCUCACGUUAGACUUCUUCUAUUCAAAAGAAAGAAAAACAAACACAAAAGACAAAUAGUGACUCUACCAAUUCAUACAUUAAGCAACAUUCUAAAAUAGGAAUUGUCUUUCUCUCUCUAUUAUAUUGGCUAUAUAUAUAUACAUAAAUAAUACUUCAUGCUUUUAGACCAACCUUAAGUCUUUGAAUUAUAUAGAAUUCAUCUCUCUGUCUCUUUCUAUUUCUCUGAAUUUAUCCCCAAAGAUUUUCAUGGCCGUUCGUCUAGUAACCAUCGGGAUUUUCAUUGUCUUUGCCGUCAUCUUCGUGGCCUUGCCGUCACCGGUUUCUUCAAGAAAGCUGUUGGAGAUGAAAAAACAAGAGAACUUGACGGUAAGAGAAGAAGAGAAGAGUCACGUACCUCACGUGACUAACACCACUACGCUAGCAGCUCUGCCAAAGGGCAAAAUCCCAAACUCGACGCCGAGCAAAAAGGGUCACGCCGCCAUCUCAGCCGUGAAGCCCCGAUCUCGACAUCUUUCCACCGUUGACCGGUUUCUUCAAUCCGUUCCAAGUCCGGGCGUUGGCCAUUGAUAGUCUUCGUUAGAUUAGAUUCCUUUUUCAAUUUUAAAAAGUUUAGUACAUUUUUUUUCUGACUGUAUUAUGAUACGAAAUUUCCACGAGGUAGAGACCAUUGUUCAGGGACUUUAUAUAUUCUUUUUUAUUUUAUUUUUUUUUAAAUUACGUUUUUCGCGUUACCAAAAAAUUUCCAUGAGUAAAUAAUCAAAAGUUUAUUGGUUCAAUAUGGCACGGGUUUAAAUUUAUAUCCCAUCUUGUAAUAAUAACACUGUUUUACUUUUUUUUUUUUUUUUUUUGUAAUUCUGGUAUCUGGGCAGCCACAUUUCCAACUAUCCCCCGUAGGUGGUCCAGCGCCCCAACGGAAGGGAUGUUAAAUCCGCUGUGGCCGGGGCUCGAAUUCGUGAUGGCGGGCACCUCAGCCGAGGUUCCUAUACCACCGAGACCCGGUUCACUGUUUUACUUUUCUUCAUGUUGUAAAGUUUUUGGGGUCUAACCGUCUAAUGUUGUAACAAGUUGUCUCUAUUGGCCGAGAUUAGUGAAUCUUAUUCAGUCGACGUACUUGAUGAUUUGAACAUUUACAUACACUCAUGGUCUUGAAAUUAGUGGAUGAGGGGAUUUACAAUAAUACAUAGAGAGAUAAUAGAAUGAGUACUAUAAACAAUAUCAAUAUAGUAAUAAUGUUUUAUAUUGUACUACUAUUAACGGAUUUUAAUAAACUAGUAGAAAGUCUUUGUAUUUAAUAUUAUUGAAGUCCAUAUUGGAGAUUCUAAUUGAAAAUUUAAUUGGAUAUUGAUUCUAUUGUGAGAAGUUGAGAGCCAAAUGAAAAAGAAAAAUACAUUUUCGAAACCUCUUUUUAUCCAUGGUUACAUUUAUGACAUUUCAAUCAUAAUAGUAUUAGUACCCAAAUGAAAGGCGUUGUGCAUUGUGCUUGUGGAGAUAUUUAAUGUUGAAUUGGCUUCCUCUAGUUCACCGCAGAUUGUGACAAUCGAUUGUCAGGAUGGGCCGGCGGCCCGCAGUAAUAGAAUGAGUCGGCCCGCAUUGCGUUACCAGUUAAGACUUACAUAUGUAACAUUUUCCUUAGAUUUUUUUACACUUUACGUCUUAUGUAUUGCACAAUAAAACACUUUCUGGCCAGACACUUUAUGUCUGUGUAUUGUCUUUCAUACCCUCAUUCUUAACCAGACCAAACUAACCUAACCAGAAACAAUUAACCAUGAUUACAUUUUUUUUAAUCAAAAUUCAAUUUCUCUCGGAGAAAUCAAAACACGAUAUCUUUCUCUUCAAUUCAAAACGUAGAUCCACUUUAACUUUACCAAAUCUCCAACCCUAAUUUCAUAUACCUCUCAAGUGCGACGGAGAGAUAUCACACAAAACUGACGAACAAUGUCGAAAUCGAAAGCGAAGAAGAAAUCCAAGGUCUCAAUUGCGGCUCUUUCGUUUGAGUCACUUUUUCUGGUUUUGGAUUUAAUGGAAAAGAUAGGCAACCAUUCAAGUCGAACUAUUCUUGCAAACUUUCCUUGCGAUAUUCACGAGAGCAGAGUAUGGGUCUGUUCUUCAAAGUCGAUUUGAAGAUCCUGCCAUGUUGCCGUUCCGCAUCGUCUCUGUCAACCACGACCACCGUGAAGAGCCAUCUUUGUCUUCAAGUCGAUUUGAAGAUUCUACCAUGUUGUCGUUCCGCCUCGUCUCUGUCAACCACGGCCACCGUGAAGAUCCAUCUCUGUCUUCUGAGUCUAGACUUUUAUGAGUUUAUCCCAUUUGGAGUAGGUUUAUAAGCCUGAUUUUGUCACUUUCUCAUUGUUUCUUUGAUAGUUAUAUCUGAUCAAACACGCUACCACUCCCUUUAUGUAUCUAGUUAUAUAUUUAUGGCUCUUGUAUUCUCCUGUGAAGAUGUUCCUUGUCUGACUUGUGAUUUGAACAGAUUGUGGAGGUGAUGAUCAAGAGAUCAAACAGGAAAUGGAGAAGCAGUUUGUGUACCUUCUAUUAGUUGGAUAUGUCAAUUCUUAACUGAACGAUUAUAGUUUCUUGAUAUUCUAUCAGUUUUUCACAUC